CCUCCAACUCUCUCCUAUUCCUCUAAACCUUCCUAUAUUCCUAUUCCUAUUCUUAUCAUCACUCUCUCAAUCCUUUGCUUAUUACAACAAAACCUUUUUCUUCUUUAUUUUUCACCUUUCAGUUCAAAUCAUCAAACCCAGAAAGCGUGGCUACAACAAACUGCAAAAAAAAGGAAACAAUUAGAGAAAGAAGCUAUGGAAGUUGGCUUAAAGAUGACGAUGAAAGGAGGCGGAGGAGAUCAUGUUGGAGGUUGCGACAAAGAGAAGAUGGGGUUUGAAGAGACUGAGCUGAGGCUAGGGUUGCCUGGUGGUGGUGGUGGUGGUGGUGACGGUGAAGUUGUGAGGAAAAGAGGCUUCUCUGAAACUGUUGAUUUGAAGCUUAACCUUUCCUCCAAGCAAGACACCUCUGGGAUCGAUCCCAAUGAUGAGAAAGUGAAAGGCUUGCACCAGGAGAAGAAUCUUCUCCUUUCUGCCAUUGAUCCUGCUAAGCCUCCUGCCAAAGCGCAAGUUGUGGGAUGGCCACCGGUCCGAUCAUUCCGAAAGAACAUGUUAGCCGCCACCACACAGAAGAGCAGCAGCGAGGAGAGCGGCGAGAAGGCGGCGCUGGUGAAGGUGAGCAUGGACGGUGCGCCUUACCUCCGUAAGGUGGACUUGAGGAUGUACACAAGUUACCACCAACUCUCCGAUGCUUUAGCCAAAAUGUUCAGUUCUUUUACUAUCGGAAAUUGUGGAUCUCAAGGAAUUAAGGAUUUCAUGAAUGAGAGUAAGCUGAUGGAUCUCCUUAAUGGCUCUGAUUAUGUUCCUACCUAUGAGGACAAGGAUGGUGACUGGAUGCUUGUUGGUGACGUCCCUUGGGAGAUGUUCGUCGAAUCAUGCAAAAGGUUACGCAUAAUGAAAGGAACAGAAGCAAUCGGACUCGCACCAAAAGCUGUGGAGAAAUGCAAGAAGAGAAGCUGAAGGAGGUAGGAGUUGUUAAUAGAGCAACCUGCUCUUUUGAUCUUGUGGGUCGCCUGCUGCAUGCAUGCACAUCAUCAUCAUCAUCAUCAUGAUGUGAUGAAAAAUUAUUGCAAAGCCAGCAGAUGGAUGCAUGGAUGGAUGGAGCAGUUUGGCUUUGUUAUUACUAUUAGGGUGUUUUUGUGUUCUUAAAUAUUAUAAAAGUUAUAAUGUGAGAUAAAAUAAUAGUAAUUAAGUAUUUGAUGACUACUUUGUUAUGGAAUAUGGACAAGACAUAAAACAAAAAAAAAAAGGAACAUGAAAUAUUACUGUAUGUCUGUGGCAAGAACUUGGCAUGUUGUCUUUGCUUCUUCAUUUGUGUGUUUAAGCUUUGGUAUUAGUUAUUAUUGAUUACGACUUUGCUUAAUAUACAAUUAUAAAUAAAUAAUCUAUGUGUUUGUAGUU